AUGCCUAUCUCAACAGAAUCAUCCUUCUAUCUCCCGGCUGUCGAUAUCAGCCCCUAUCUGGAGGACCCCAACAGUGAAGGCGCUCGCAAGGUAAUCGAUGACGUGCGAGCUGCAUGCCAGUCCACUGGUUUUUUCCAACUACUCGGACACGGAAUCUCCCCCGCCCUGCAGCAAUCUGUCUUCGCGGCAGCAGCUAGGUUCUUCGACCUUCCAAGAGAGGUCAAGUCACGUUGCAAGAGCGUUGGUUUCCGAGGAUACGAUCCUAUGGCUUCACAGUCGUACGAAGAAGAUGUACUACCAGACCUGAAGGAAGGCUUCAUCUCUGGGACGGACAUUCCCAUUGACGAUCCUCGAGUGGUGAGCCGGCGCUUCUUCAUGGGACCCAACAUUUGGCCGCCCAGUGAGCUGCUAGCUGAGGAAGACUUUCGGUACACUAUUGAAGAAUAUUAUGAGGCUAUGUUAAAGUUGUGCUGGUUGGUGUUGGAUCUUAUUGCGGCUACAUUGCCAUAUGGACCGCAUGUAUUCGAUGAGUUCAAAGAGAACGACCCUGCAUGCCCGCUUCGGCUGCUCCAUUACCCGCCUACCCCCGAGAUGGACCUGGCAAAGGGCCGCCAGCUAGGCAGCAGCGCACAUACGGACUUCGGAGCCAUUACGCUUCUUCUCCAAGAUGAACAUGCAGGUCUUGAGGUACAAGACCAUGAAACGGGUGAAUGGAUCGGAGUUCCUCCGAACAAAGAUGCCUACGUGGUCAACCUAGGGGAUAUGAUUAGCAGAAUCACCAGGGGAAAUUACAGAAGCAGCACUCACCGUGUCAUCAACAAGAAUCCGACCGACCGCUACAGUGUAGUGUUUUUCUUUGACGGCAAUGUGGACUAUAAAUUGAGGCCUCUAGAUUGUGUUGGGAAGGAUUCCGAUGAAGAGGAUGUUCUCACCGUGGAAGAGCACAUGAUGGAGCGUACAGCCACCACUUAUAAGCACAAGGCAAAGUAA